AUCUUUGGAUGACGUUAUCGUUUGGUGGUUGAAUUUGAACUUCGUUGUUUAGCGACUUAGCGUUGUUGUGACAUUUGAUUCAUAACAGGAUAUGGAGGAACAACAGCAUGAAGUUCACAGGCUAUGUUUACAGUUAUCCAAUUUAAAAAAUGAGAAUGAAGGAAUACAGAAUGUUAUUACACCUUUAGAUGUGGAAAAUGAGGAGCAAGAUGAACUGGAAGCAAGCACUGAGAGGGUACACGAGACAGAACUAGCUGAACCGAAUAAAGAGGAACAACAGCAUGAAAUUGACAGACUACGUUUCCAGUUACCCAAUUUAGAAAAUGAGAAUGAAGGAAUACAGAAUGUUAUUACAUCUCUGGAGGUGGGAAAUGAGGAGCAAGAUAAACUGCAAGCAAGCAUUGAGAAGGUACACGAGACAGAACUAGCUGAACUGAAUGAAGAGGAACAAUGGCAUGAUAUCCACAGACUACGUUUACAGUUAUCCAAUUUAGAAAAUGAGAAUGAAGGAAUACAGAAUGUAAUUACGUCUUUAGAGGUGGAAAAUGGGGAGCAAGAUAAACUACAAGCAAGCACUGAGAAGGCACACGAGACAGAAAUAGCUGAACUGAAUAAAGAGAUUAAUGAGCUGGAGUCAAAAAUUCAAGAACUCGAAGUAAUUUCAAGUCUGAGACGAGCAAGCAUUGGAAAGGCUGAAGAGCAACAUAUUAGUCUAACUACUGACAGUUCAGAGGAAUUACUGAUGCUAGAGGCUGAAAAAUGUGAAGCUUGGAAAGCCUAUUCAGAGUUACAGAAGGGAACUGAAGAGCUUAAUGCACAAAAUAAUCUACUGGCAAGUGAAACAAAUGAGCUUUCGAAAAAAAAUUCUGAAUUGAGUUCAAAACUGGCUCUGACAGUUGAGGAAUGCAAUAUGUCCAAUGAAAAAAUGGAGGCUCUUCAGGAAGAAAAUCUCAUAAUGAAAGGUGAGCUUGAAAUGCUCAAGGGAAAGGUGGGCAAUCAUUCAUCAAAAGGAAACUCACUGUUUGCUGAAGUUGAAGAUCGUCGACAGCACUUGAAAAAUGAGGCCAAGAAGCAGAAAGAGCAGCUUAUGGCUUUACAGAACACACAUUCCCAGACAGUAUUUGAGAUUCGGAAACUUAUGAAAGAAAAUGCCAAAAUGUCUGAAGAACUAGAACAUGCCAAAGAACAAAGAUCAACGGAAGAAUUAAAACUGCAACUCACUACAUACAAACAAUGCAUAAAGGAUCUAGAAGAUGCAAAAAAAAUAUGGGAUCAGGAAGAAGCUGCUGGACCCAUUGUUCGAGGUCAAGAUGAUGAGACGGGGAAAUUUUAUGAUAAUUUACUGAGGGAAGAGAGAGAGAAGACAAAACAGGUGUGGGAACGCUGUGAAGAUAUUAUGGCAAGGUACAUUGCAGCAACUGAAGAAGUCGCAGCCACUGAACGUGAGAAAGCAGUUGUGGAAAGUGUGAAACUGCGUGCUGAGGGAGAAAUAGUAAAACUUAAACUGCAGCUCCUGAAGAGUGAAGAAGAUAACCAUAAAGAGAAUGUGCUGCAACUAGUUGUUGAAAGAUGUCCUCUUAAAGAAGUACAGAACAUAAGGAAGAGCAAGUUUGCUGCAGAAGAAGUAGAUUGUUCUACAAGAAAACUUGUCACCAAGAAAGAAGCGGAUAAAAGAGGUCGCUUGACUUGUAGUUAAAAAUGUAAGUGUGUGUGUGUGUGUGUGUGUGUGUGUGUGUGUGUGUCAGUUGUAUAUGCUUUUGAGAUUUUAUAGUAGUGUGUCAAUGUUUUUUACAUAAUGUUUAUUUUGAUGAAGAGCAAAACCUGUACAUAACUUUUUACUAAAAUUUAUGUAUGUAGAUUAUUCUGUGAUAUUGUAUGAAUAUGAGGGAAAUGUCAUAUGUUUUCUGUGAGAACUUUAUGCC